AACAACUGAGAGAAGAAGAAAGAAGAGAGAGAGACGCAGAAGAAGAACUAAUUCGAUCUUCAAAAUUUGAAGAACAAGAGCAAGAAUUGAGGAAUCGAAUCCCCAGGAAUCAAGGUUGUGAAGCAGUAGAAAUCUAAUCACUAGAUGCAUAAUUGGAGUGGAAAUCAUUCUCUGCACUCAUCGGACUCUCUGCUCACUUGUACAUAAAGCACUGGUUUUUGUGGGGAAGAAGUUAAACGGGAGAGAAAUGGAGACAGCCAAAGCUUGGCUUAAUAAGUUAAAAUCUAAAGACAAGGUGAAAUCAUCAAAAAAGAAGGAAACUACAAGCAAUGUAAAGGAAGCACCGAAAACACCAGGAGGCGAAGAAGCGCUUUCAAAUGUAACAAAGGAGAAAGCUGCUGCUGCAAAACUGUAUAUUGAAAAUCAUUACAAAAUGCAAAUGCAGAGUCUGCAGGAAAGAAAAGAGCGACGCAAAAUGCUAGAAAAAAAAUUAGCUGCUGCAGAAGUCUCUGAGGAAGAGCAAAACAACUUGUUAAAAGAUUUGGAGUUGAAGGAAACUGAAUACAUGCGCCGUCAGAGGCAUAAAAUGGGAGCUGAUGACUUCGAGCCAUUGACAAUGAUUGGGAAGGGUGCAUUCGGAGAGGUUAGGAUCUGUAGGGAGAAGGGAACAGGCAAUGUCUACGCAAUGAAGAAGCUAAAAAAAUCUGAGAUGCUUCGCAGAGGACAGGUGGAACAUGUAAAAGCAGAGAGAAAUUUACUUGCAGAAGUUGACAGUAAUUGCAUUGUCAAACUGUAUUGUUCUUUCCAAGAUGACGAGUUUUUGUAUCUCAUAAUGGAGUAUCUACCUGGUGGGGAUAUGAUGACUUUACUUAUGAGGAAAGACACCCUUACUGAAGAUGAGGCCAGGUUUUAUAUUGGGGAAACUGUCUUGGCUAUUGAGUCCAUUCAUAAGCACAACUAUAUCCACAGAGAUAUCAAGCCUGAUAAUCUUCUACUUGACAGAGAGGGUCACAUGAAAUUGUCAGAUUUUGGAUUAUGUAAACCAUUAGACUGUAGUAAUCUUCAGGAAAAAGAUUUCACAGUUGCAAGAAAUGUUAGUGGGGCUUUACAAAGUGAUGGUCGCCCUGUGGCAACAAGACGCACCCAACAGGAGCAACUGCUAAACUGGCAGAGAAAUAGAAGGAUGCUUGCUUAUUCCACAGUUGGAACUCCUGACUAUAUUGCCCCAGAAGUUCUGCUGAAAAAAGGAUACGGAAUGGAAUGUGAUUGGUGGUCUCUUGGCGCCAUUAUGUAUGAAAUGCUUGUGGGGUUUCCGCCGUUUUAUUCAGAUGAUCCGAUGACAACUUGUAGGAAGAUAGUAAAUUGGAGAAACUACUUGAAAUUUCCAGAAGAGGUUAGACUAUCACCAGAAGCCAAGGAUCUUAUUUGCAGGCUUUUAUGCAAUGUUGAACAAAGGCUUGGAACAAAAGGAGCAGAUGAAAUUAAGGGUCACCCUUGGUUCAGAGGUACCGAGUGGGGAAAAUUGUACCAAAUGAAGGCUGCCUUUAUUCCUAAAGUCAAUGAUGAGUUAGACACCCAAAAUUUUGAGAAAUUUGAAGAGACUGACAAGCAAGUCCCAAAAUCGUCAAAGUCAGGUCCAUGGAGAAAGAUGCUCUCGUCCAAGGACAUUAACUUUGUGGGUUAUACUUACAAAAACGUUGAAAUUGUGAAUGAUGACCAAUUACCAGGGAUAGCUGAGCUGAAGAAGAAGAGCAAUAAGCCAAAGCGGCCGUCGAUUAAAUCCCUCUUUGAGGAUGAAUCAUCUGAUGGCCCAACAAAAACAACCCACCAGCAAGGAAGCUUCUUGAAUCUGUUACCGACGCAGAUGGAAGAUCCAGAGAAAGAAGGUAGUAAGUCCAGCUCGUCCGGGUGAAGAGCCCCUGAUCUGACAUUGCACAGCCUGAAUCAGCAGAGACGUUUCUUUAUAUAACUUGUGUGUGUUGAUUUUCGUUGAAAGCCUUUGUUUAUUACCUCCAAAAGAGUAGCAAACGGUGGAGUUCAACAAAGUACAGUCUCUCCUGUGGAAGCGAAGGCUUUCCCCUGAAGGAGUGAAAGAUGAUGGAUUUGUUUAAUUGUUUUCAACAUAGGUUUAUUUGAUUGAUGUCAACCAAGGAAACAAACAGAAAAAAAAAAGAAGGAAGUAAAUAUUCUUUUCGGAAUUGGUUUGUUUAUUUAAUUUUUCACAGGGGUGAAGGAGAGCAGAUUUGGUAUUUUGUUUUUCAAGUAUUUUUCUUUUGGUUGAUCAAAAACUUUGUUGUACUACUACUCCUCAAAAGAUGAAAUCUUCACCCGCUAA